AUGCGGAGACUUUAAUGAGAUUCUCAAUCCCAAUGAAACAAGAGGUGGUCGUAGAAGAGAGAAUUGGUCUCUGACAGACUUUAGAAACAUGGUAAAAUGUUGUAAGAUAACUGAUCUUCCCUAUCAAGGUAGCAACAUGACUUGGGCUGGGAAAAGGAGAUCUUAUACAGUGGAAAGUUGGUUGGAUAGAGCAAUGGCAAAUGACCAAUGGAAAGCUAACUUUCCAGCAUCUGAAGUCAUUUACUUAGAAAUGAUAGAAUCAGACCAUCGUCUAGCCAUCAUCAAAAUCCGGCGAACAACUGAACAAGGUCUCCGACCCUUCAUGUUUGACACUAGAUUGUGCUCAAAUCCAGAUGUUGAAGAUGUUAUUAAAACAUUCUAUGCUUUCCGUGAAGCAAUCCCAGUCUUGAGCAAGCUGUUUCGUUUAUCUAUUACAACUGAUUCACGCCACUACCAUUGGAAACUUCUGCCAAUACUUCUAGAAAAAUCUCCAAAUCUAGAGACUCUCGUCAUCAAGGGUCCACUGUACACUGAUAGAUAUGUACGAGAAUAUGGAUUGUCAUGUCCUGUUAAAGUAUUGAAGAUAACUGAGUAUGAAGGAACAUUUGAAGAGCUAGAGCAAAUGAAACAUUUCUUAGAAAAAUUGCCAUGUCUUGAGCUUGUCAAAGUUCGUGCUUCUGCAAUAAACGACAAGGAAAAGUCUCGAAUCACCAAAUAUCUGCUAUUGGUUCCUAGAUCGUCCAAUUGCGAUAUCCAGAUCAAGUUUCUGUGAGUAAACUACUAAGUAAUGCAUGAAAAAACAAAUUUAGUUUGAUUGUAUACAUUCUACACUAAUAAACAUACAUAUUUGAU